AUGUCUUCGGCACCUUUGCAACUGGCAUCCUUGAGCGGCGUCGAGGCAGCCAAACGAGCGGCCGCAUACGCAGCGGUGGAUGCUCACGUAGGCCGCAACGAUCGCAUCAUCGGCAUUGGCAGCGGCAGCACAGUGCCGUACGUAGUGGAGCGUAUCGUGCAACAAGGCAAAGAUCUCAACGCUUCUAGAAUCUUCUUGCCGACAGGAUUCCAAAGCAAAGAGCUGAUCGUUUCCAACGGACUCCAAUUGGGAGAUGUAGAUUGCCAUCCCAUCAUCGAUGUGACCAUUGACGGAGCGGACGAGGUGGAUCCUGCUUUGAACGCCAUCAAGGGCGGAGGCGCUUGCCAUCUUAGAGAAAAGGUGUUGGCAGAAGCCGCAAAGAAUUUCAUCGUCGUGGCGGAUUACAGGAAGAAUUCCAACGGCGUGCUAGGAACUUCUUGGACUCAGGGUGUGCCCGUAGAAGCUGCCGAGUUCGCAUACAGCAAGGUCAUGAGGGACCUCACGAAGCUGGGAGGGAAGCCUGUGCUUCGAAUGGGCAAAGCGAAAGCUGGUCCAGUCGUCACUGACAAUGGGUGAGUCUGUCUCCGCUGCGCCCCUCGUCCCCAUGCCGUUGCCUGAUACGCAUCUUCCUUCCCGAUUCUUCAGCAACUUCGUCAUCGAUGCUCCCUUCCCGCCCGAGCAAAUGGCUAAGCCCAAGGAGCUUCUGCAGCAGAUCAAGCUUUUGACGGGAGUCAUUGUGCGUAUCUUUGAGACCCUCGCGACUUGUACGCUGCUCAAAUACUAACCAACAUUACGCCUCUUGGCUUUGCAAGGAGGUCGGCUUGUUCGUAGACUGCGCCAAAGCCGCAUACUUUGGCAACAAUGAUGGUACCAUCACAAUCAAGACGGUAGACGGAAAGGUGCAAGAGAAUGUAACUUUCGAUGUCAGCAAGGCUCCAGUUGUAGCAUAA